AUGUCAACGUGUUUGAUCCCUAAGAUUGAAAAACCGUCUGACCUUGAAAAGUUGCCAGCUGAAAUCUAUACACCGUCCGAGCCACCAGCUUGCGGUCUCCUCAUCGACACUGGCAAAGAAUACCUUCUUGCAGUAUCCCACGUCAACGUGACAGGGUCAUCCACUUUUUCGAAUGAAACAGAGCUGAGUCGCUUGUUAUAUACGGUCACUCACGUUGAAGUCUUGAAGGAACCGAAUGGAAACAGCUCGCUGUCGCAAACCAUUUCCACACCAUCAGAGUCUGCUGCUUGUGGUGUAGUUCUGGAUAUUGGCAAAGGAAUAUCUUCUCAGUGGUAG